GGUGAGAAAAUAACGUCGAAGUUUGUAUAGAUCAGUCGACGUACACAUUUCGUGCGAUUAUUUGAAAAAGUCAUUCGAUUUACCACCAUGAAAUAACCGUUAGUAAGAUAUUAUGUGAAAAACGAAGUUUUAUGCGUGCAGGACGGAAAACAAAAUUUUCAACUUCUUCGAAUAUUUUCUUCAUUUUAUCAGAAGAAGAUCUACCUGCAACGAAGAGAUUUAUUACAUCAUCGCAAGUUGGAUGAAAAUGCCGUUUGCUUUCGUAACGAUAACGUAAAUAAAAUAGUAAUUUUGGGUAUUCGUCAUCAUUGCAGUGGACCCUUCGUAUUACCUCGAAUAUUCCGUCGAUUUGAAAACAUCAGAUGUGUAUAAAAUAAAAAUCCGACGAGUGUAAAUUUUCGUUUUACAAUUAGCUGGCGGUGCAAGUGAAAAUAGAUAAGAAAUUAUUCAAGUAUAUCAGGAUGAAGUUUGAGAACAAACUACAAGAAAUCUGGAUCUUUGGUCUGAUAAUUUUGGCUGCAGUAUCGGCAAUUAGUCAACCACCCACCGAAUGCGGUAACAGAUAUGGAAUACAACCGACUAGAGAAAUGAUCGUCGACAUGGACGGUGUGGGAGACGAUAUUAUUGGGCUUUGUAUCGCACUGCGAGCAGAAUCAUUGGAUGGUGGCCCUAAAGUAAUUGCAAUCACAUGCGUGAAUGGUAAUACCUACGCACGUAAUUGCGCCAUGAACGUUUUGAAAACACUGAAAUUAUUCAACAGACUCGAUAUUCCAGUCUACGUUGGUGCAGAACACCCCAUACUGUUACCAUAUUACAAGAACAUUUCGUUCUACGGUAGAGAUGGCCUGAACGAUUUUCACUACCCCGAUCCUCCAUCGCCAAGUUUGAUAAAAAACACAAACGCUGUGAUCGCGAUGAUCGACAUCGUUAGAAGGAACCCAGGCAAAGUAACGAUCGUAGCGAUGGCACCGCUGACGAACAUUGCGAUAGCGAUCAGGUUGUAUCCGAAUUUGCUCCUAGAUGCUCAGCAAGUGCUUGUUAUGGGUGGUGCCACAAAUGGCCAUGGGAAUAUAAUCCCCGGUGUCGACGCAAACUCAUAUGCCGAUCCGGCAGCAGGCUACGUGCUUUUUAACGGCGCCUGCAAGUCAAACCCCAUCCAUUUGGUACCGCUAGAAACGACCAUCGCAGUUCGCGUUAGGAUGGAUUUCAGACUGGCUUUGACAACCAAGAAGAAUCCAAUAGGGUGGCUAAUCGAUAACGCGGAAGGUUCAGCUUUGGAUCGAAAUGCUGAAUAUUGGUUUUGUCCCGACGCUGUCGCUAUGGUUGUAGCGACGACCUUGGGUUGUAUCGUCACAAAAUCGGCAUAUUAUCACAUGGAGGCGAUUUACGAGGGUGAAAGAACAGCGGGAUUGACCAUUGUAGACUUUGGAAAUGUCACCGAAAAAGAACCAAAUAUCAAUCUCAUUCAGGAGAUCAAUAGCGAAACGUACCACCAAUUGCUGACCAGAUAUUUGAGUUGAAAGACAGAACGGCACACCUGAGAAUUCCCUGGAUGGAACAUUGGUUCCGUUUUCGCUUCGUCGUUAUUCGAUUAUUGAUUAAAUAAAUGAGUCACCUGUGUCAUUCAAGUAUCACAAAUAAGCCCGCAACGUUUUGAAAAUCUUGAGAUGUUUUCUUCAUUUUUAUUGGCAUGGCAAACAUUGAUCUACCUCAUCAGAAUUCACUGACAACAAAAUUCAUCGGGAGAACGAUUAACUUGUUCAUUUUUCGCGCUUUUAAGGCAGCUGAUUAUAUCCUUGGAACGAUCCACAUUUCAUCAAGACUUUAAAUUCAAACUUCUGCUGUAAUACGAUCUCUAAGCUGAUUCAAUAUCUUCAUUAGGUAUUUACGUUGCAAUGUAUCACCAAUGAUGAUGACGAUAAAAUAACAUGUAUCAUGACAGUCGGUGUACGAAAGUGUGGACAAUUGUAAAACAGUCGAGACAUGAGGAAAAUUAUUAUUCGAAAAUAAUUAUGAGGAUGUAAAUAACGAAAUCAAACAUAAAUGGUAAUGCAAAAUAAAACGUCCGAUGGCACGACCACGUGGACUAGGCUUAGGGCUCGUGCUACAAGUUACGUUACUAUCGGGGUUUUUUUUUCUAGAGAAUUAUAGGGAAUCUGAACUGUCAGUAACUUCUUUAUUAUUUUUCUUGGACACGUCUUUUUCAUUAAUAAUUUUUCUUUCUUUCUAUUCAUCUAUUUAUCUAUCUAUCUACAGAAAUAAAAUGGUAGAGGUUUCCGUUCAGCACGCAAAAACUGUACUAAAUAGAUUAUGAUCAUAUUUAUUUAUUUUUUUCAUCCUUAGAUGUUUGGUCUUUAUGAACCAAAAAAUUGCGAUAUCUUUCUUCGAUAUUGAUUUCAUUUGAAAUGAAAAAAACAAAUUAAUAAAUGAAACUAAAAAAACAAACUUUACUACAGCCUGUAGGUGAGAUAUAUGAAUCAAUCAUAUUAUCUAAUGUUAAAAAAAAACGAGUUUCUAGUU